CAAUGGCGGACAGCCUGAGUCACUGACAGGUCUGACAGCAGACAGCUGGGUUUUAUUCUCCAUCCUCAGCUCUGCCUCUGCAGCCAACAUGGCCGAAUCCACUGGGAACGACAAGGCAGCGGUGCGCAUCGGAUAUAUAACCCGAGUCCAGAGCUUCAGCGCCUGCCACAGACUCCACAGUCUUCACCUGAGUGAUGAGGAGAAUAAAGAAGUUUACGGAAAGUGCAACAAUCCCUAUGGUCAUGGACACAACUACAAAGUGGAGGUGACUGUGCGUGGAAAAAUUGAUCCUGUAACCGGCAUGGUCAUGAACCUGACGGACCUAAAGAGGUGUAUUGAGGUAAGCCUAUCCUAAACACACUCUCCUCACUCAAAAUGGAAAGACAUUGAUACAUUUUAUCUCCAU